CGAGAUCGGCUUUGACAAGGGUAAGCUCAUGCUCACAUGAACCGAUUUUAAACCCGAUGGAUAAAUUUUGAAUUCAAUAUUGGCCUAUUGGGUAAAGCCAGUAUUUGCGAUUCCACCCGAUCCGUUUGCUGCCCUACUCUCAAAGUCCCAACUUCUAAUUUCAAGCAACCGAGCUGACUGGUGAAAACUGAAAACCGAAAAAACUCUACGUCUCCCUCAACACUUCACUCUCUCACGAAACAGAGGUGAGGUGAGGGUUCUCGAUAAGGAAAAAUGGGAGCUCGUCAUGAGGUUCUGAUCUCAUUGGACGGAGUGAGAGACAAGAACCUGAUGCAGCUGAAGAAGCUGAACACGGCUCUCUUCCCUGUUCGUUACAAUGACAAAUAUUACGCGGAUGCCCUUGCUUCUGGCGAAUUUACAAAGUUAGCAUACUACAGUGACAUUUGUGUUGGUUCAAUUGCCUGCCGUCUUGAGAAGAAGGAAGGAGGCAUUUGCGUUUAUAUCAUGACAUUGGGUGUUUUGGCCCCAUAUCGUGGCCUGGGGAUUGGCACCAAGUUGUUGAACCAUGUUCUAGAUCUGUGCUCUAAGCAAAAAAUUGUGGAGGUCUACCUGCAUGUGCAAACGAACAAUGAAGACGCAAUCAAUUUCUAUAAGAAAUUUGGGUUUGAAAUAACGGAUACCAUUCAAAACUACUACAUGAACAUUACUCCGCCUGACUGCUAUGUUCUUACUAAGAUCAUCAGUCAACCUCAAACCAGAAAAUAAUAUUUACAACUUUGUUGUUUCCAAACAAGCAGUGGUUAUUAUUGCCUGCUUGGACUAAAACAGGAAACUAAAGGCCCAGUUGUUAAGGUUCUAAGGAUGCUGAAAUAUGGAAAUUUUAGUUUAUAUGUUUUAUGUUAAUCAUUGUUUAUAUUUUUUCGUGAAUUCCAUACCAGUCUCUUUAAUAACAGGACGAAGUUUUGUUGUUGACAGGAAUUUGUUCUCGGUUCCAACUGUGAAACCAUGUAAAGUAAGGCACUAAAUGAUAACAUAUGAAAUUAUGAAUGCUUGUCGGUGUA